GAAACACUCGUAACUGUCAUAUAAAGUUGAACGAUUACCUUAAUGUUUACCGAACUCAAAGAAUCAAAUAAAUUACUAUGAACUACGUUCGCCAAACACCAACAGAAGAAUGUCCACUAACUAAAGAAAAAAAGAGUUACUCUCUUAGCGAUUGCUGUGGUUUUAGAUCUAUUAUAUGCUCAUUUGUAUUUCUCACAGCCAUCAUUACAGCAGCUCUAUUUGUGCAAUUGACAUAUGAUGAAAAUGCCUUCCAGGAAAAGUUAAAUGCACAUGGAGCAGUUGCAACAGACUACAUAAAUUGUUCCCAAAUCGGUACUAGGAUACUUCGAAAAGGUGGAAAUGCAGUGGACGCCGCUGUGGCCUCCACUCUUUGUAUGGCUGUUGUUGCACCACAUAAGACUGGUCUUGGAGCAGGAGGCUAUUUUAUGAUCUAUAGUCAUGGAGACGGACAAAAGAAAAUAGUGAUAGAUUUCUUGAGCAACAGAGCAUCAGAUGAAUUUGCAAAAUCUAAUAUCAAGAUACCAGCUCUAAUGAGGGGCUUGAGGCAUGCCCACACUUUGUAUGGAAAAUUGUCAUGGCAAAUUUUAGUUGAACCAGCUGCUAAAUUAGCUAGAGAAGGAUUCGAAGUAUCCAGAGAUUUAGCUUAUGAAGCUACCAAAAAUACUAAUUUGGGAAUUUUCGAACAUGUUAAUGCUGGACAAAUUUUAAUGCUGCCUGACCUUGCAUUUAUUUUAGAAGCGGUGUCUAAAAAUGGAAUACAAGAUUUGUACUUGAAUGCGGCCAUUGUGGAAAAAAUAUUUCAAAAUAAAACAAAUUUGAAUGACGCAUUUUACACUGAAUAUGCCAACUAUGCACCAAAAGUAGUUCUAGCUGAAAUGUCAACAUUAUCUAAUUAUGGUAUUUUUUAUCCACCAAACGUUAAUGCGCUCAAAAUGAUCCUUAAUGAUAUGAAUAAGUUAAAUAUAUCCAAGGAAAACGCAUCUUCCAUUGAAGUAGAAAUAAAUGUUGCAGAAAGUAUAAUUAAACUCAUACGACAAUACAAAGAUUAUCCUAAUACAAGAAGAUAUACAAGUGUAUCUGCAGUAGAUUGGCAAGAUACAUAUGUAUCAGUAAUAACUGGCCUAAGUGGACCAGUAGAUUUAUCUAACAUGAAUGCAGCAGGAUUUGCGUUUGAUAGCAAUAAUGAUGACGACAAAUCUUUGAAGUCGCUUACACCAAUUUUUUUCUUUGAUCAGAAAGUAAUCUGUGGUUUACGCGGAGUCUUUGCUGCUGACGAUUCAAUUGUCGCUGCGCAAAUAUUGUAUGAUUUACUCUUACGUUCCAUGAAUGUUUCUACAGCAAUUGAAUACCCAAGAUAUUACAUGCUUUCUGAUGGAAUAGCUAUGGAAAAUGACGAUAAGCAACUUGGUAACAAACUUUUGUAUGACAGUUUAAAAGCCGUUGAUGCUGUAUCCAAAGCUGAUGCAAAUACCAUCAUGAAAAGUAUAAAUAUUAUAAUUAAACGAAAAAACUUAAUCAGCGCCCAUUCAGACAGUAGAGGACAUGGAUUAGCAUCAAGGUUUUAAUUCUUCUACUGAAAAAAAGUGAAUGCUAACAGUAUUUUUUUUACAAAGUUUUUAUACUUGUUAUUUAUAAAUAGUUUUAACUGAGAAUUUGUACAUUUUUUAAAUAUGAUAAGUUUAUAAAUUGGUGCUAAUGUUUUACACUUAUAUUUAGUUUAGAAACUGUUAAAAUUGUAUAAAAUUCAUAGGGAUAUUGAUGUUUAGGCACAAUUAAAAAAUUUGUUACUAAAUUUUUACAGUUUAUUCACAGUUUUAA